UCAGAGCCAGGCCCGCCUGCAGUACAGGGAGGCGUGGUCUCCUCUGGGAACAGGCUGGAACAGAGCUGCGAGCUGAGCGCGAUCCUUCUGCGUCUGAGCUACAAGGUCUGAGCUGAGCCUCGUGCGUGGGAUCCGCAAGACUAAAAAGCCCAGCGGUCACUGGACGCCCACUGAAGCUAGCGGCAUGCUGACGCCGCCAAGCCUGUGCGGAUGCGCCCUGGUGGCGCUGGUUCUUGCCUGCGGCGUGGCGGGGGUCAGAGGAGAGGAAAGAGGAUUCCCGCCAGCCCGUGCCACUUCGUGGCUUCUGGGGACCGGAGAGAUAAUGACGCCGCCUACCAAGACCUCCUGGCCGGGAAGUUCCAACUCCAGUCUGCCACAGUCCUUAGCACCUGCACAGGUGCCUAAAGGAGGGAGAAUGGCGGGAGCUCCGCCACGCACCCCCUCUCUUCCCCCGUGCCAAGGAAAUAUUGAAAUCAAGGAGACAUUCAAAUACAUCAACACGGUUGUAUCCUGCCUAGUGUUCGUGCUAGGCAUCAUCGGGAACUCCACACUGUUGAGAAUCAUCUACAAGAACAAGUGCAUGCGAAAUGGUCCCAAUAUCUUGAUUGCCAGCCUGGCUCUGGGAGAUCUACUGCACAUCAUCAUUGACAUUCCGAUCAAUGUCUACAAGCUGCUGGCCAAGGACUGGCCGUUCGGAGCUGAGAUGUGUAAGCUGGUGCCUUUCAUACAGAAAGCCUCCGUGGGAAUCACUGUGCUGAGUCUCUGUGCUCUAAGUAUUGACAGAUAUCGAGCUGUUGCUUCUUGGAGCCGAAUUAAAGGAAUAGGAGUUCCAAAAUGGACAGCAGUAGAAAUUGUUUUAAUUUGGGUGAUCUCUGUGGUUCUGGCUAUCCCCGAAGCCAUAGGUUUUGAUCUGAUUACAAUGGACUACAAAGGGAAUCGUCUGCGAAUCUGCUUGCUUCACCCCAUUCAGAAAACAACCUUCAUGCAGUUUUACAAGACAGCCAAAGACUGGUGGCUAUUCAGUUUCUACUUCUGCUUGCCAUUGGCCAUCACUGCCCUAUUUUAUACCCUGAUGACGUGUGAAAUGUUGAGAAAGAAGAGUGGCAUGCAAAUCGCCUUGAAUGACCACCUAAAGCAGAGACGAGAAGUGGCCAAAACAGUGUUUUGCCUGGUCCUUGUUUUUGCCCUCUGUUGGCUUCCCCUUCACCUCAGCAGGAUCUUGAAGCUCACUAUUUAUGAUCAGAAUGAUCCCAACAGAUGUGAACUUUUGAGCUUUUUAUUGGUAUUGGAUUAUAUCGGCAUCAACAUGGCCUCCUUGAAUUCCUGCAUUAAUCCAAUCGCUCUCUACUUGGUGAGCAAAAGAUUCAAAAAUUGCUUUAAGUCAUGCUUGUGCUGCUGGUGCCAGUCAUUUGAAGAAAAACAGUCCUUGGAGGAAAAGCAGUCGUGCUUAAAGUUCAAAGCCAAUGAUCACGGAUAUGACAACUUCCGUUCCAGUAAUAAAUACAGCUCAUCUUGAAAGAACAAAUAUUCACUUAAUCUCAUUUUCUUUACUUUGGACAGAAGUCAUUAAAACAAAAUGAAACAUUUGCCAAAACAAAACAAAAAUCUGUACGUUUGUACAACACCAUGUAAAAAUGUAAGCAGGGUUAUUUUAGCACUCAUAGUUACACCUGACAUUUUAUGAGCUGUUUACAAAAUGAGAAGAAAACCAGUGAGAAUUAGGAAAGCCUCAUUGUGAAAGCACUUAAUUUUUUACAAUUAGCACUUCAACAUAGUUCUUAAUCAUUUCCAGUAUAUUCAUAUACUCCUUAGAUUUAAAAAUGAGCUCACUCAUAAUUCCUGAUAAAGAGGUUUAUUUUUAAAUCAGAUGAAUCUGAAUAAAGAAAAAAUGUGUCACUGUAGAACAUAUUUUUAAGUAAAGUUUCAAUCACUCACUCUGAAAAUGUAAAAAUCCAUUAAUAAACAACUUUUCAAUGAAUGGCAUCACAUCAUUUGAUCAAACUGUCAAUGAAUGCAAAAUGCAAAAACAGUUCAACUGGUUUAUUUUUUGCAUGUUAGAAACAUUUAGGAGAUCAGGAGGGAGUAUCAGAAACAGAGAUCAAGGCUAAGUUUUUAAAAAUAAUUACAGUCUUUACAUUAAAAUGAAAUCAAAUAUCAUGAAGAGAGAGAGAAGGUUUGAACUGCUAUCACAGGAGACUUUGAAAUCCCAUCACAUGCUCUGCAAAGAAAAUACCACCUAUGAUUUUUUCAGGAUUAUUAAAUAUUCUCCCUUCAGUAUAGUAGUUCACUUAGUUUUAGUCAUCUGUAAAUACUUAACUACACACACUACAUGUAGAUGAUUAAACAAGGGGCAGGCCCCAGUGUUCAUAGCUUUAUGAUGGAGAUUCCAGUGACCUCCAAAUGGACAAAAUGUGAAUUGCCUGGUGCAGUGUCCACACGGCGAAAAAGCAAGGUGCACCCUUCCUCCUUGAUAUAGUCAAAAUGAUCUCUAGCAUUAAGUAUACUUAGAAUACUACUUUUUAAAAUCACACAAAUUAAUUAAUUUAACAGCUACCUGUGAGGCUUAUUACUAAUAUUUUUUAAUUGUUUUUGUAAAUACCCAACAGAAAGGUGUUCUCUACAAGGUGCUUUUCUAUCACCAGGAGGCAAAACUGCUUUUUCAGGAGUGUAAAAAAAACUCUUCACUUUGUGCAUUCUGGUCUAAUUUUUUAAUCUCUGAAGCAAAGUGCCUUAGGUUAAUUUGGGAUGAGAUGCGUGUGAAAGUAUGUACAAGAGAAAAUGGCAGAGAGAGGAAAUGAGGUGGGGUGGGAGGAAACCCAUGGGGAAAGAUUCCCAUUCUUAGCCUGGAGUUCGUCACUGCCCCGUCACAUCAAUGCAAAAGGUCCUGAUUCUGUUCCAACAAAACACAGUUCAGUAUUCUCAGAGUGACUUCAGGAACAAAUUGGGCCCAAGAGCUUUAUGUCUUAAAAUAUAACAGAAUUUCCAAUUUUAUUUCUUUUAGGAAGUCAGGCUACAUGUUGGAAAUAAGCUAGGAAUGUUGUUUUCUGCCAGAAUCUAAUGUGACAAUACAAUAAACUGAAACUCAACAAUGUGGCCAAAAAAAAAAAAUACAAAAAAUCAAGGGCAAUAAUUAGUUCAAUGUCACUUGGAUUCU